AUUGCGUAGUGUCUGGCACCUGGUUGCCCAGAUCUUUAGACCUAAUGUGGCCCAGGCGAAUUUCCUCGUAAUUUUCCAUCAUUUUUUCCGAACCCAAGCGCGCGCACACGCGCACACACACAGACUCACGGAGAGAAAACUCUCGUAGUUGGUGCUGUUGCUGGCUCUUCUUCUUCUUGCGCGAGUGUUUCCUCGGUCUCUCCGCUUUGCGCUCUCGCCUCGUCCGUUUUCUCCGCUCUUUCGUUGGUACACACAAAAAUUUUUACGUCGUCAGCUUCGCACCCAUUUGGCUUGAUUGAAAAAAUUCUCCAGCGAUCGUUUGGCCGCGAUUUUUUCAACCAACCCGACUUUAUUUCACGUAUAUGCACGAAACUUAAAUUUUAAAAAAAUUUCGACACCAUUUGGUUGCGAUUUUUUCGUAAUUUUCGAGCGUAGUUUCUGGAAAAUUUUCCGAUGAAAAAAGCAAGAUGGCACACGUAGCUGCGCCUGUGUGUGUAUGUGGGCUGGCAGACGUGAUUCGGGUGGGACCCUGACACGUCGUGUGGAAAGUGCUAACGCGUUUCUGCAUGGAAAGUGCCGCCAGCAUGACUCAUCACGUUUGUAGGGGGACUGGGGAUGCAAUAGGAAAUGGACAACCUAAAUUUAUACGACGUUCUUAAAGUGGCUCCGGAUGCAACUGAUGAGGAAAUAAAAAAGAACUACCGAAAAUUGGCAAAAGAGUUCCAUCCAGACAAGAAUCCCGAUGCGGGCGACAAGUUUAAAGAAAUAUCCUUCGCCUACGAAGUGCUGUCCGAUCCCGAGAAGCGGCGCAUCUACGACCGAUAUGGAUUGAAGGGCCUGCAAGAGGGCGCCGAGGGAUUCUCUGAUGCCUCCGAAUUCUUCGCCCAGUGGUUCCCCUUCGAUCGAGUCUCGUCCGAAGGUCGGGGCAGGCGCAAUGGCAAAGUCGUGGUAAAAGUGGAGCUGACCCUGGAGGAGAUCUACGUCGGCGGCAUGAAGAAGAAGGUGGAGUACAAUCGCCAGAAGCUGUGCUCCAAGUGUAACGGCGAUGGCGGUCCCAAGGAAGCGCACGAGAGCUGCGAGACCUGCGGCGGAGCUGGACGAGCGGCCGCAUUUACCUUCAUGGGUCUCAGCCCCUUCGAUACGACCUGUCCGACUUGCGAUGGCAGGGGCUUCACCAUAAGGGACGACAAGAAGUGCAGUCCCUGCCAGGGCAGUGGUUUCGUAGAGCAGAAGAUGAAGCGGGACCUGGUUGUGGAGCGAGGAGCACCGCACAUGCUAAAAGUUCCCUUCGCAAAUGAGGGCCACCAAAUGCGAGGCGGCGAAUUUGGGGAUCUGAUUGUAGUCAUCUCCCAGAUGGAACAUCCAAUCUUUCAGCGCCGCCAUGCCAAUCUGUACAUGCGAGACCUGGAGAUCAACAUCACGGAGGCCUUGUGCGGCUACUCGCAUUGUUUCAAGCACUUGGAUGGACGAAACGUCUGUCUGCGCACGUACCCUGGUGAAGUGUUGCAGCACAACCAGAUCAAGAUGGUGCGAGGCAGUGGUAUGCCUGUUUUUAACAAGGCCACCGACAGUGGAGAUCUCUACAUGAAGUUUAAGGUUAAGUUUCCGGACAACGACUUUGCCACGGCACCGCAGUUGGCCAUGCUGGAGGACUUACUCCCUCCCAGACAGCCGAUAGUGAUCCCAAAGAACGCCGAGGAAGUGCAAAUGACGGACUAUAAGCCGCAGCCACGACAGCAGGAAGACGAGGACGGACAGUCGUCUCACUUUGAGGGCGUACAGUGCCAGACGGCUUAGUGCAUGUGGUUGUGGCUCCUGCAGGCGCGGUAUCUCUGCCUCGAUUUGUGGCUCAUCCUGGGCACUUUCAGCGUAGAUGAAGUCUGCUUCCUGGUGCCGCUGUUCGUCCUGAUAUGCAUAGUAUUAUUUUUCAUACAGGAAUGUUUGCUGUGAAAAGCGCGUGAUCUAAAUUCGUAGUGUUAUUAUUCGAGACUAAAGCUUAGCUGAUCUGUCACUAAUACAUUAGCCACGCUAAAUU